UAUAUCUUCUCUUCUUUAAGCUAUAACUCUCUCAUGGAAUUCUUAACUGAAGAUGAAAGAAAGCAUAACACGAAUAAGAAGCUUUACGAUGCACUGAUGAAACAAGAGAACACUGAAGUUUUACGACUCUGUCGAGAACUUGAAUCAGGGCCAUUACAUAUAUUAACCAUGCACGAUGACACAGUCCUCCAUGUGGCUGCCUACUCUAAACAAACAGAUUUGGUUCUCUGUUUACUUAAAGAGUUGGAAAAGCGGUUGCCUGAGUUUCCUGUAGAUGGACUAAAGCAUCGUAAUGAUAUGGGAAAUACCAUUCUUCAUGAAAUAGCUACUUUUGACAGAGUUGAUUCAGCUGCAAAGAUAAUAUUGGAUAGAGAACCUGAUUUACUUGGUAUGCGCAAUAAGAGUGGAGAGACUACUCUAUUACGUGCUGUUCGUUAUGGGAAAACAGUCAUGUUUGAUUUUCUUGAUCAACAAGUGAAUCAAUUUUUUGAUGUUAAUGAACGCGAGGCAUUUUAUUAUAAACUUGGUGGAGCAACAAUUCUUCAUGCUGCUGUACGCUCUGAACACUUUGGUUUGGCCCUGUCGAUUGCUAAAAAGUACGAAUAUUUGGUAAAUGAACUAGAUGCAGAUGGAAUGACUGCUCUUCAACUUCUUGCGUGCAACCGGCAAGCAUUUGGAAGUGGAGAGAAGUAUGGUUAUAUCAAGAGAUCCAUUUACACUCGUCUUUCGACUGAACCUAAGGCUACCGAGAAGGAAGCUGAAAAAUGUUAUAGAGUGCCUUUGGUGGAGUCUAUGCGUAAGCAUAAGCAGAGAUAUGAAUCAGUUCUGAAACUUGCCAUGUUCUUGAUAGCAAAGGAUACUUCUUGGGAGUGUUCAAAAUCUGCAUUAAAUCAGGUCGAACCUCGAUCCCACAAGUAUAGACUAAUGUCAGAUGUUUCAAAAAGCGAAGAAAAAGAGGAACAAGAUGGUGUUGCACCAGCAGGACAAGUUGUUACAAAAAUUGCUGAGUCACCCUUGAUUUUGGCAACCAAAUCAGGUUGCACAGAGAUUGUAGAUGAGAUAUUGAAAACAUAUCCCCAAGCUGUGGAGUAUGUUGACAGUGAUGGUCGUAACGUUUUGCACGUGUGGCAAUCAAAUACCGUCAGAUGCAAAUUUUCGACAUAGUUGAGAAAAUGGGAAUGCCAAUGAGGAGACUCAAGAGAAAAAUCACUCAUCAGGGAAAUUCCAUACUUCACAUGGUUGGUGUAAAAGAGGACACUGAAAUUGCAGAUAUGAGAAGCCCUGCUUUGCUAUUGCAAGAGAAUUUGCUCUUGUUUGAGCGUGUGAAAAGCGUCUGCUCAGCUGAUUUUUUCGAAAUUAUUAAUGAAGAAGGCAAGACAGCAGAAGAGUUAUUCACUAAAGCAAAUGCUACACUACGUUCAGAAGCGAAAGACUGGCUUAAACGCACAGCUGAGAACUGUACAAUAGUUGCUGUGCUCAUUGCAACAGUGGCUUUUGCCGCAGCCUAUACUAUUCCAGGUGGUCCAAAUCAAAGCACGGGUUAUCCCGUCCUCUUGGCCCAACCGUUCUUUGUGAUUUUCACUAUCGGAGAUGUGCUUUCCAUUACCUUUGCUUUGACCUCAAUGAUCACUUUUCUCUCAAUUCUCACCUCUUCAUUUCUGUUGCAUGAAUUCAGGCGGUCGCUUCCUCAGAAAUUAAUUCUAGGAGUUACCCUCUUGAUUCUUUCUGUGUCCAUGAUGAUGUUAGCAUUUGCAUCGACUAUAAUCUUGAUGAUUCACUAUAAGGAAAGGUGGACAAAAAUUGCUUUAUCUUCCAUGGCAUUCCUACCUGUGACCAUUUUUGCAGUUUCAUAUUUUCCUCUGUAUGUGUCAUUAUGGAAAAACUUUAACUACUCGUUAAGGAAAUUAUCCAGGGCAUUCCCUCGAUGCAAGAUUCUAUCAGGAAAGCCUCGCGAUGAUUCCCCUUUGACAAUCUCUUCCAGUCUCCAUGAGUCUGGAUCUACUAAAUUUGGCAUUUCCACAUCCUACUAUUAGUAACUGGUAAAACAGUUAUUCUGUUUGUGUGAGAUAAAGUGUCCAUUGAAAUGUAUUCUAGUAUUAGCGGCGUGUGCCCAUUGAAUGUAUGUUUGUCUAAGUCCUCUACUAUAUGAGACGUUUCAAGUUUAUUAUCUUGGCAAACUUAUUUUGAUUUGACUUUCUGAGAA